AUGGCUUGUACUAAGCAGACUGCCCACAAAUCGACAGGUGGUAAAGCACCCAGGAAACAACUGACUACAAAAGCCACUCACAACAGUGCGCCCUCUACUGGAGGGGUAAAGAAACCUCAUCAUUACAGGCCUGGUACUGUGGCACUUCGUGAAAUUAGACGUUCUCAGAAGUCCACUGAACUUCUGAUUCGCAAACUCCCCUUACAGCGUCUGGUGCGAGGAAUUGCUCAGGACUUCAAAACAGAUCUGUGCUUUCAGAGCGCAGCUAUUGGCGCUUUGCAGAAGGCAAGUGAGGCCUAUCUGGCUGGCAUUUUCAAAGACACCAACCUAUGUGCUAUUCGUGUAACAACUAUGCCAAAAGACAUCCAGAUAGGAUGCCUCAUACGUGGAGAACGUGCUUAA